GUUCGUUCAGGUGGUUAGACGUGUCGUUUGAGUAUCUAAUUUGAAUUUCAUUCACAAAUUUGAGCAAUAAAUAAAAAAACAAUUAAGUCAGAAAAGAAAGCAAAACAAAAAUUGUGUCAAAAGAUUUAACAAAUGAUUAAAAAAGAUCAGAUUUAGAAGGUAAAAAUGUUUCGAAAUUUAAAAGAUGACGAAGGUGGAUUUGUCCAUGGCUUUGUCAAUGGAGGGUUGGAAAUUAAUGAAGAAAAUGGGAAAGUACAAAAUUCAAACGGUUUCAAGUCGAAUGGAAGUUCAGUGACAAGAAUUGAAAUAACACGAUCGCCAUACGAUCAAAAAACGCUUAACAGUGAAAUGUCAUACAAAAAACCGGCAUCAAAGUCAAUUUUAUCAUCACAUUUUGAGAAAUGUUCAAAAGAUUCAGCAAAGUCGUGUUUUUUUGGAACAUUUCCCAUCAUAUCUUGGCUUUCCUCGUACAAGAAAAGCGACUUUGUUGGAGAUUUAAUAAGCGGAAUAACUGUUGCUGUUAUGCAUAUACCUCAAGGAAUGGGCUAUGCUCUACUUGCUAAUCUACCACCAAUUGUUGGCAUUUACAUGGCUUUCUUUCCUGUUCUUCUUUAUAUUGUCUUUGGAACUUCAAGGCAUAAUUCAAUGGGAACAUUUGCUGUUGUUUCAAUCAUGGUCGGAAGAGUUGUAAAUAAAUAUUCCACCAUACAACCUGCAAUAUCGAACGCAACUGAUACAGAGUUUUAUGAAUCGCCGGCGAUUUAUUCUCCAGUUGAAGUUGCUACGUUAGUGUGUUUCAUCGUUGGAGUCAUUCAACUUCUGAUGUACAUUUUUCGUCUUGGAAUUCUUUCAUUUUUAUUGUCAGAGUGUUUAGUUAGUGGAUUUACAACCGGAGCUGCAAUUCAUGUCCUAACAUCGCAAGUUAAAGAUCUUUUAGGACUUGAACUGCCACGUGUUACAGGAAAUUUUAAACUGAUAAAGACUUACAUUGAAAUCUUCAACGCUAUAAGCAGCACAAAUCAAGUUGCAAUUUUAAUGUCAGCGAUUACCAUAGCGAUACUUCUUUUCAACAAUGAAUAUCUCAAGCCGAAAGUAUCCAAAAUAUCCAAAGUUCCUAUCCCGAUUGAGUUGAUUGUCGUGAUUGGCGGUGUUUUGUUAUCAAAAUAUUUGAAGGUGAAGGAAACGUGGGACAUUGUACCAGUUGGAGAAAUUCCUGUCGGUCUUCCUGAAGUUGUCGUUCCAAAAUUUAAUCUUUUAUCAGAAUUGAUUGUCGAUUCAUUUGCCAUUGCAUUUGUUUCUUAUUCGGUGACAGUUUCAAUGGCUUUGAUUUUCGGACAGAAGUUAAAUUAUGAAAUUAAUUUCAAUCAAGAAUUGUUAGCGAUGGGAAUUGGAAACAUUUUUGGAUCGUUCUUUUCAUGUAUGCCUUUCUCAGCAUCAUUGUCACGAUCUUUAAUUCAACAAUCUGUUGGUGGAAAAACGCAAUUAACUUCACUUUUUUCUUGCAUCCUUUUGUUGUUUGUUUUACUUUGGAUUGGACCAUUUUUUGAAGUUCUUCCAAGGUGCAUUUUGGCAUCGGUUGUAGUCGUUGCACUCAAAGGAAUGUUAAUGCAGUUCACUGAAUUCCCUCGAUUCAAAAAGAAAAGCAAAAUGGAUGCAUUUGUGUGGAUUGCAACACUGCUUGCCGUUGUCAUUAUUUCUAUUGACAUUGGACUGUUAAUUGGAAUUAUUUUAAGCAUUUCAUGCAUUUUCUAUAACAGUUUGAAAGCUGACAUGUUCAUUCUCGGACGAAUACCAAACACCGACUUCUUCUUGGAUAUAAAUAGAUUUGAGAAAGCAAAAGAGAUUCCCGACGUUAAAAUAAUUAAUUAUAGAGGAAGUAUCAAUUUUGCAACAAAAGCUUCUUUCAAAAAUCGAUUGUGCAAUGAGUUGAAAAUUAAUUUGUUGAAAGAAUUGAAAUAUGCUGGAAAAGUGACUGGAAAAUCUUUCAUUUCUAAUCUCACAUUCAAACAUCUUGUGUUAGAUUUUAGUGCUUUGAGUUACAUCGAUUCAUCUUCAAUCACAAUGAUAUCAAAUUUAGUUAAAAGUUUUCAAAAAUUAGAUGUCAAAAUUAGCAUUACUGGAUGUUCAAGCUCAAUUUUUGAAGUUUUGAUAAGAAAUGAAUUUAUUUACAUGGAUGUUUUAUUCCCAACAAUUCAAGAUGCCAUUUAUUCGUAAUGUUUCACAUUUGUUUAAUUAUACUAUUAAACAGUAGUUUAAAGUAAAAGUUCAAAUUUUGUUUCUCCUUUGUAAAUAUUACUAAAUUGUUAAUUAAUAGCUACGAAAUAGUUUCAAAUUUAGAAUAACUUUCAUUAAUUAAUCACAGAAUUAUUCUACUCAUAUUCCUACAUUGUUAAUUGAUUAAAAUUUAAAUGUAUGUGAAAAAUAUUAAAAACUUUCAAUUGAGAACAAUAUGUGACGAAAGAAAACUUAUUUACAACUCAAGUGAUUAAUAAAAUUUUAAUUAGAUUUCUAUUGAAACAAUUUUUACGUUUAUUCAUUAUCAGAUUCUUACAAAUUAUUUCAGCUUAAACAUUUAAUAUUGACGUAAAUUAUGAAUGAUAUAAUUAAUCACGUCAUAUUAAUAAACACAUUUAACAUUUA